CGGAUGGAGGCCGGCGAUGGAGGCGGAUCGGCGGGGCCCGGAUCCGGGACCGGCGCCCCCUCCUCCUCCUCCUCUUCCUCCUCCUCCUCCUCCUCCUUCUGCUCCUCUCUUGGCCGCCUUUCAGUCGGGGGUCGGCGGGCUCCGCUGCAGGGUGAGAUUGGCAGAGCCGCCGCGCACGGAAGAAGGACCGGCCCGAGCUGGACAGCUGGACGAUGAACGGUGAAGCCGACUGCCCCACCGACCUGGACAUGGCAACCCCCAAAGGCCAAGACUGCUGGUCCCAGGAGGACAUGCUGACCUUGCUGGAGUGCAUGAAGAGCAACCUGCCCUCCAACGACAGCUCCAAGUUCAAGACCACCGAGUCCCACCUGGACUGGGAGAAAGUGGCUUUCAAAGACUUCUCUGGAGACAUGUGCAAGCUGAAGUGGGUGGAGAUCUCCAAUGAGGUGAGGAAAUUCCGUACCCUGACGGAACUGAUCCUGGAUGCUCAAGAACACGUGAAGAAUCCAUACAAGGGCAAGAAGCUGAAGAAACACCCGGAUUUCCCGAAGAAGCCCCUCACCCCUUACUUCCGCUUCUUCAUGGAGAAGCGUGCCAAGUACGCCAAGCUGCACCCUGAGAUGAGCAACUUGGACCUCACCAAGAUCCUGUCCAAGAAAUACAAGGAGCUGCCGGAGAAGAAGAAGAUGAAAUACAUCCAGGACUUCCAGAGGGAGAAACAGGAUUUUGAACGGAACCUGGCCCGCUUCAGGGAGGACCAUCCCGACCUGAUCCAGAACGCCAAGAAGUCGGACGUGCCCGAGAAGCCCAAGACGCCCCAGCAGCUGUGGUACAACCACGAGAAGAAGGUGUACCUCAAAGUGCGGCCGGACGCCACCACGAAGGAAGUGAAGGACUCCCUAGGCAAGCAGUGGUCUCAGCUCUCGGACAAAAAGAGGCUGAAAUGGAUCCAUAAGGCUCUGGAACAGCGCAAAGAGUAUGAGGAGGUCAUGCGGGAUUACAUCCAGAAGCACCCCGAGAUGAACAUCAGCGAGGAGGGCAUCACCAAGUCCACCCUCACCAAGGCCGAGCGGCAGCUGAAGGACAAGUUCGACGGGCGACCCACCAAGCCCCCCCCGAACAGCUACUCUCUGUACUGCGCCGAGCUCAUGGCCAACAUGAAGGACGUGCCCAGUACGGAGCGGAUGGUCCUCUGCAGUCAGCAGUGGAAACUGCUGUCCCAGAACGAGAAGGAUGCCUAUCACAAGAAGUGUGACCAGAAAAAGAAAGAUUACGAAAUCGAGCUCCUACGUUUUCUGGAGAGCCUUCCGGAGGAGGAGCAGCAGCGAGUGCUGGGCGAAGAGAAGAUGCUGAGCAUCAACAAGAAGCCCACCGGCAGCCCAGCCGCCAAGAAGCCAUCUCCCGACGGGGGGAAGGGGGGCUCGGAGAAGCCCAAGCGGCCGGUGUCCGCCAUGUUCAUCUUCUCUGAGGAGAAGCGGCGGCAGCUGCAGGAGGAGCGGCCCGAGCUAUCGGAGAGCGAGCUCACCCGCCUGCUUGCCCGCAUGUGGAACGACCUGUCUGAGAAGAAGAAGGCCAAGUAUAAGGCGCGGGAAGCGGCUCUGAAGGCCCAGUCGGAGCGGAAGCCCAGGGCGGAGCGGGAGGAGCGCGGGAAGCUGCCCGAGUCCCCCAAGACGGCCGAGGAGAUCUGGCAGCAGAGCGUCAUUGGGGACUACCUGGCUCGCUUCAAGAAUGACAGGGUGAAGGCCCUGAAGGCUAUGGAGGUCACCUGGAACAGCAUGGAGAAGAAGGAGAAGCUCAUGUGGAUCAAGAAAGCGGCCGAGGACCAGAAGAGAUACGAGCGGGAGCUGAGCGAGAUGCGGGCCCCCCCGGCCUCCACCAAUUCUUCCAAAAAGAUGAGAUUCCAGGGAGAACCCAAGAAGCCCCCCAUGAACGGCUACCAGAAGUUCUCCCAGGAGCUGCUGUCCAACGGGGAGCUGAACCACCUGCCGCUCAAGGAGCGCAUGGUGGAGAUCGGAAGCCGUUGGCAACGCAUUUCCCAGGGCCAGAAGGAGCAUUACAAGAAGCUGGCCGAGGAGCAGCAGAAGCAGUACAAAGUCCACCUGGACGUGUGGGUCAAGAGCCUGUCUCCCCCGGAGCGAGCGGCGUACAAAGAAUUCAUCUCCAACAAACGCAAGAGCGUGACCAAGCUGCGGGGGCCCAACCCCAAGUCAAAGCCCACCAUGCAGUCCAAGUCGGAGUCCGAGGAAGACGAGGACGACGACGACGAGGACGACGAUGAAGACGAAGAGGACGACGAGGAGAACGGAGACUCGUCGGAGGACGGGGGCGAUUCCUCCGAGUCCAGCAGCGAGGAGGACAGCGAGGACGGCGAUGAGAACGACGAUGACGACGACGACGAUGAUGACGACGAUGACGACGAAGACGAGGAGGAUGAGGAGGACGAGUCCGAGGGCAGCAGCAGCUCCUCCUCCUCCUCAGGCGAUUCCUCUGACUCGGACUCCAACUGAGCUUCCCCCCCCACCCCCGUCCCCAUCCCG